CGGCUUAAAAAUCCCUAGUAGUCCGCACUAAUUUGGGCAGGAAAUUAUGAAAUUCCAACUGGAGUCUGCAAAUUAUAUUUUAAUGCGAUUUUUGUACUUUUCAUUUACGAAUUAGUUUAUUACUUCUGGGCGUCUCUAACCUCAAAUUUUUACAACAAAUAUGUUUUUUAUAAUUGGUUUAGGGCUCGGAGACUGUAAGGAUAUUACAGUUAACGGUUUAGAAAUAGUUAAAAAAUGCGAAAGAGUGUAUUUAGAAGCUUACACAUCUAUUCUAACUUGUGGAACAGCAGCCUUAGAAGAAUUUUAUGGGCGUAAAUUAAUUGUAGCUGAUCGAGAACUCGUGGAACAAGGAGCUGAUGCAAUUCUGGAGGGAGCAGACAAUACAGAUGUGGCAUUCCUUGUUGUAGGAGACCCUUUCGGUGCUACAACUCAUACAGAUUUGGUUUUAAGAGCUCAAGAAAAGAAAAUUAAAGUAGAGGUCGUACACAAUGCCUCAAUUUUAAAUGCAGUAGGUUGUUGUGGUUUACAGUUGUAUAGUUUUGGAGAAACAGUGUCAAUACCAUAUUGGACUGAAACUUGGCAACCUGAUAGUUUUUUUGAAAAAAUUGUUUCUAAUUAUAAGAACAAAGUACAUACGUUGUGUUUACUAGAUAUUAAAGUUAAAGAACCGACAUUAGAAAGUUUGACAAAAAAGAAAAAAGAAUACAUGCCGCCGCGUUUUAUGUCUGUUAGUGAAGCAGCAGAACAGCUUUUACAAAUUUUACAGAAAAGAGUGGAAGAUGACGGUUUAGUAACAGCUAAUAGUUUAUGUGUGGGAUUAGCAAGGAUUGGGUCACAAAAUCAACAAAUUGUAGCCUGCAGCCUUGAAGAAAUGUCUAAAGUAAAUUUAGGUGGACCUUUACAUUCACUCAUAAUUGCUGGUCCAGUGUUACAUCCCUUAGAAUUAGAGUACCUUGAACAGUUCAGAACUAAAUAAAAUUUGAAAUUUU